AACCAUAAACAAAACCACAUAAUUAAUGAUAAUAACAGAACAAACAAAGUUGGCAAAUGAAAAAUGAAAUAAGCAGCCCAGAGCCAAGUCUGAGACCUAAUAAAUGAAGUUAGCCAAAAGUACAUGUGUAGCUAAUCAUUUAUAAUAGUGCUGCCCAAUGCAUGCUAGGCCAGAAGAGACUCCCAUCAGCAUAAGCUAUAGCAAAGCGCCAAAUUAAGCUAAAUCUGGCGAACAGGGUACCAAAUUAAUUAACUCGCUCGUCAGCAGCCCGCGACCCGCGCUGCACAUCUCUGCCGCUCCAUUAAUUUCACACUUAAUUAAUGUCAGGCGGCAAGUGGGGAGCCCGGCCGGUGACAAACGCUCGCAAAGUGUGCAAAAAACGGGACUCGCUGACAAUGUGGCAGACGCUAUCAACGCUAUCCGCAUCACUCACAGCGCUCCCCACGGCACUCGCACACGCGUCGGGGUGUAAGUGUCAGUUCGCGCGUCGCAUCAGGUCAAAACAACGCCCCAACAUUAGCGGCAGCAACACGGAAAUGCAAAGUCACAGACCGAGCAGCACCACCAGCACCACCAGCGCCACCAGCACCACUACCAAUGCGGCCAGCGUGCUGCCAUCAACAUUAGCAGACAUCGCGACGUCAGCGACAACAGCAACAGCAGCGAUGAUGACGAUGACGAUGACAACAACAGCAACUGGAGAAAUAAAAUGCGAGCGUAGGUGUCGCUGCCUCCAGGCCCCCAGCAACAACAAGUUGGCCACCAGCAUCCUGCACUGGCUGCUGCUCCUCUGCAUCCUAUGUGAUGCCGCCCAGGCGACGCUGCGCAAUGUCAAUCUGCUCGUCGAGCCGCCGGCGGUGCGACGCGGCCAGUCGGUGGCCCUGCGCUGCGAGUAUCAGCUGGAUGGUGCACCGCUCUAUUCGAUUAAGUUUUAUCGCGGCCAGUUGGAGUUUUAUCGCUUCACGCCCGGCGAAUAUCCCCACACGAAGGUCUUUCAGUAUCCCGGCAUCAAAGUGGACGAAAGCAGCUCCAACGCCACCCUGGUGCUCAUACGGAACGUCAGCUUCGGCCUCUCUGGCAACUUCAGCUGCGAGGUGACUGCCGAUGCACCGCUCUACUCGACGGCCACCGCCUAUGCCCAAAUGCAAGUUGUAGAAUUCCCGGAAAAACGACCUCAGCUCUUUACGGAACAGACGCGCUACGAGCCCGGCGAUGUCUUGCGCGCCAAUUGCAGCACGUUGCCAUCGAGACCCCGCGCCGAGCUACGCUUCACACUCAACCACAUGCCGGUGGCCACAGAGGAAACACAAUACAUUCGCACGAUUGAUAACCUAAUAGCAUCCAGGCUGAGCCUUCGACUGCAAUUGCAGUCGGUGCACUUUGUGGCCGCCGCGAAUGCCAAUGGCAAGGCUCAGGGGCGAGCUCGCAAUGCGCACGUGACAAAUGCUUUGGGGCCCGGACUUCCUCCCACUGGCGGAGGCCUGAUGCUGCGCUGCACGGCUCAAAUUGGUGAUUUAUAUCAGGAGUACACGGAAAUUGAAUUGGGUACGCCGCAAAAGGAUCCGGUGCCGGCAAGAGUUACUCUCUCAUCCGGCUCGGGUCUGCAGAAUUUCUUGGAAACCUAUUUCUACACAUCGGCAGCCGGCAGAGGCUGGCAGGGCUACAGCUACAGCAGCCUCUUCGUGUGCUGCCUAAUCCCCAUAAUCCCCAUGUUUGGGAUGAUAACAAGCGGCAGUUAAAUGCAAAAUUGAUUACAUUUUAGCAACAAUUACUGAGUAGAGCACGGCUUGAACAUGCAAUGUGUAUAGCAUAGAUAAUGGCUUCGAUGUGUAGCCAAUCGUUUUAAGCUUAGCCUCUCCCCAUCCCAUCCCCCCCCGCAACUCACGCAGAAAAUUAAAACCAA